AUGGCCAAGUCAAAAAAUCACACGAAUCAUAAUCAAAACCGAAAAGCUCAUAAGAAUGGAAUAAAGAAACCUAAGAAACAUAAAUUCAUGUCACGCAAAGGAUUGGAUCCAAACUUUUUUAGAAAUCAGAAAUACUGCUUAAAAGGAAUUCAAAAGAAAAAGAAAGAAUUAAAAUUAAAAGCUAAACAAGAAAAAAAUAAUUAA